GAGUACGAUAAUCUAAAACAUCUGAUGAGCCAGGCACGGGCAGCUUGAAUAAGUGAAAAUAAGUGACUUUAUUGCAGUUAAGAAAGUUACGUAAUACUGAAAAGGAAAGUGUGUAAAUAAGAAGGAAAGAGGAACGAGAGGAGGAGGACCUAAGAAACGAUACAAUGCGUUACAGGUCAAAAGAAGAAGAAGAAGAAGGAGAAGAAGGGGGCGUCUUCAAAUGGGCAUUGGGGCAUCAUGAGUGAAGUGACACCCACAGGGGCAGUGCCAAAGGAUGCGUGUAUGGAGGGCUUUGAGGGGAGUGCACUUGUAGGAAGCAAGUGUGGCACCAGCACACCACUGCACAAAUCAUGCCUCACAAAUCCACCAACGGCAACACUUCCAUCACCGCUGGCAUGCAGCACACCCCCCAGCCACAACAAACAUCAGACUGCACAUGCUACACACACCCCAAAAGCUGCCACUCCAUAUGCUGGAGUAACCUAUAUGGUCGAGUAUAUGAGAGAGGAGGGACAGUCAACACCUUUGCCCUUAGACCCACACUUGUUCCCAGGGGGCCUCCAACCAGGGGAUGUGGUGGAAGUCUGGGGUAACACUGGCUGUGGCAAGUCAGUGCUCACUCUCAGCCUAGUUGCUUCAGCUCUCCUUCCUGCAGAAUGGUGUGGCAUUGAGCUUGGGGGCUGCAGCACAGGGGUCACCUUUAUUGAUUGUGACCAGCACUUUAGUAUCUUUCAACUAGUCAACUUGAUGUACAAGAAAGUUAAGGCACAGAUAAAACUAGCCAAGGAUGCCUUAAAUAAUUACAGAAAGGGUAAGACUGCUGAGAAGACUCCUAUUCACAGUGUUAAAGAAGUUACAGAACUUUUGAAAAGUAACAAAGCCAGUUUGAAGACAAAGAUUGAGGAGAUGGUGCAAGACUGCCUGAAGUCUCUGUACUACAUCAAAUGUGUGGAGAGUGUGCAAUUCCCAAUAGUCUUUGCCUCCAUGGAAGAGCACCUCGCCAAGCACAGUGAUGUCUCACUGGUGGUCGUUGACAGUCUCUCGGCCUUCUGCUGGUACGACUGGGCCUACCAAGGAGCUGGAAAGUUUUACAGAUUGAAAGAAUACUAUGACAGGGUGCUGAGUGUUCUCCUGGCCAACAUCAGGAAGUACAAGGUGGUGCUCCUCACUGUGAAACAAGCACUCUUCCUGAAGAGCUUGGAGGAGACUCCAAGAAUGGAUCAGGCUAAAGAUGAAGAGGAGCCAUACCAUCGCCAAGAAGGAAAAGGACAGCGUGGCGAGAUCGAUGUAGACAUGGCGGAAGGUGAUGAUAUGGAAAACAUGAAGUUGAGCGAAUAUCUUGGUUAUGAAUGGGUUAGUAGUGUCACAUGGAGGGUCAUUCUGUCAAAAGUAAGAGCCAGUUCCUUGAGUCCUUCAAGUGUGUCACCCAAAGGGUCUAGCAGCAGGAACUUGCCGCACAGGAGUGAUGUGAUGUGUGAGGAGGAGGAGGCAGUGUUCUCAGCAGAAGUUGUCAAGGAUAAGCAGAGAAAGUGGUUGUUCUUUGUCAUUGAUGAGGAAGGAGUAAUUUGGAGACAGGCAGCUUUGGGUCACUAGGUGUUAUUUUAUACAACUUUAUGGACUGAAUUUUAUUGGCAUAUUUAUUUUAACUUGCUUUUACAUUUAGCUAAAGUAUUUAUUUAUUUUCUGUUGGUGCAUAAUGUUCUAUGGAGGAUUUGUUCUCUGCCCUUUUAAGUGUUGUUUGGUAUCUUUUUAAUUUUUAUUAAUUUGCUCAAUAAAUUGUGAUUUUGACACUGGUUAUAGUAUCCUUUUCAGUUACAUUUCUAUAUGCCUGUGUUGCACUCUGGAUGAAUGGCAUAUAUAGACUCCACAGAGGAGAAAGGAGCCUGCAGAUUGUUGAUAUAUUGUGUGAAAGGGAACAUUACUGCAAACCAUGAGGAUUUUUUUUUUUUUUUUUUUUUUUUUUUCAGGAACUCUGCUGCUUUUCUAGUGCCUUAGUUUGCGGGUAUUAUAGGGUGAAUCUGGGAUAUAGGCACAGUUAACAGGAAGUGUUUUUCCUUAAGAUUUUUGUCUGAUUUAAUCAUGUAGCCUAAUAUUUUUUUCGAAUAUGUACGUAUAAUACAACUGGAGGUAGAAUUCUUCAGUUAAUGUACCUCUUAACCCUCUUUAGUUACUUGUCUAUAAAUAAUAAUAAGGUUUACUCAAAAGGUGAUUUUGACAUCCAAACGGGAUAACACUAAGCAGUGAAACCUAUACAUAUGCGAAUUUAUUCGAUUUUCGACCCUUUCGAGUCGGUUUUCGAGCCCAGUUACUAAAUACUAAGUUUAACAUUUGCAUUUUGCCGUCGAUUGAUACUAAUAACUUUUCUGUAACCCCAGAAAUAAGGGAGUUACGGCGAUUCGCACCAAAGCGGUUGAUUUUUCAAAAUUCGCCGCAA